UCCUUGUCUGAGCGCGUCCUGCCUGGGUCUGCUGAGCGCCCGUGUCUCCGGGUGCCCGUCUGGGGGUGUGAGGGCUCAUGUGUCGGGGUGUCCGUGCGGUGCCCGCGGUGGCCCCGUGGGGUCCUGACCCGAGCUUGUGCACACGCAGGCUCCCUGCGCCCCAGACCGCCAAACCAUGAAUGGGAUUUGGAUCCAGGACCGACUCUAGGGCCCUUUAACGAGUCUGGGGUCUUGCCGACCUCCGCCCCCUUCCACCACCAUGUUCCCCAAAGGCCCCGGAGCCCAGACAAUGCUGUCACCGCCAAAGCAGGAAAAAAUAAUAAAGCGGAGAACCGUUAACUCCUUCCCCGCCGACCUGGGCCUCUGCGCCCGACCCUGAGACUGCCUCCCCCAGCCCCGCCCCACCCCCACAACCCCAGGAAGCUCCAGGACUCCAAGGUCCCCGGGCUGAAUGUCCCUGCAUCCCAAGGAUAGGCCUUGAUCAUCACCUUGGGAGGAGGCGGGAUGAAGGUUGGGGUUGGUGGAGCAGCCCCAAGGGAGCGCUUUUCCUACUCCAUUACCACCUUGGACUCUGAGCUCCGAGCUCCCCCUCUCUCCCAGGAUUGCCUAAGGUCAGGCUGGAGCUGGCCACCCAUUCAUUCCUCACCCCACCAGGUGGGGAAACUGAGGCCUGGGAAUGGCUCAAGGUCAUUAAGGAGACUGUUGGACCCUUCCCCUGACCUCAGCCCCCAUUUUUUCUCCUGGGAAAAUUAGUGGGUUCCUCUCCCCAGACAAGGCCAGGGUUUGGCAGGGCUGCCCUACGCUGACUAGGCAGAGAGGGCCCAGCUCCAGUGAUAGGGUGGGGACCAGGAACCAGCAUUCCUGCCCUCCUGCCCUGCCCCCUUUCUUUAGCCUAGGAUGAAGGGGCAGGAUUUGGGGGCUGGGAGGAGAACGGGAAAGAACGAUGCACCCCACAGGAUCUCCCAAGGACCCCCACCCCCACACCCCAGCGCACACUCUCCAAGUGCACAACACAGAACCCCACCAGGCCAGGGAUGGGGAUGACACCACCCAGCACAGUGCUGCUAGGACAGGCCCCGUAAGGGGUGGGGGUUGCUGGCAGGUUGGAGGUCUAGGCUCCUGGUGCUGCCAGGACAACAGCCCCAGGGACAGCUGCCAAAUCUCUGCCCCUGGAAGAGGCCUGAAGCCAGCCUGGCCUGGGACUACCCAGUUAGCGGCUUGUAGAUGCCCCCCAUACCCUGCCCCUUAUGGUGCGCUCCCCCUGGGACCCCCAUCUCUUGCAACUGUACAUCCAGGCCCCUCCACUGGCCCCCAGCAGUCCCCGUCUGCCCUGUGGACAUUACAGCCCUGGCCCCAGGAUCCUGUUCUGGGACUGGCAACACAGACCACCCUCCCUGUCCGAUCCCAGAGCUGGCCGAGGAUGGGCCUUCCCGCACCCCACCACCCACCACCACUGGCAGCCUCAUAGCAACCACUGCAGAGAGCAGCAGAUUUUGCUCGUAGAAGCGGACCAGGACUGUCUCUCUCCCUCUCCAGCCAAUUUGCAAGGAACUUUGGGAUGAGACAGAAGGAAGUGGGCCCAGAUCAUAGCAAGAGGUUCAAAUAAGACAUCGGGCAUGAUUUGCUGACAUGUGGAGGCAAAACAGGAGAGGCUUCACUUGGGAUGAUGCCAAGGACAGAUAUGCCCCUACCUAUGACACAGGCAUAUGUUCAGGGGCCAUGACCAGGGGCAGAGAAGGGGACGAGGCCACCUGGAGGCUGAUCACCUGGAUUUGGGGGGCAGCUUCUGGAUUUUCCCCUGGGUGGCCUGAGCAGCAGGGCCUCCGUAGAAGAAGGGCAGCCGUCAGCAGCCAGGUUGAGGAGUCUGAGUUCGCCCCAUGAGGCCACCCCACAGUGAGUCCACAGACCCCACAGAAGCCCUCCCCUGGGCCUCUGGGAGACCCUGACCUUGAACUGAGCGGAGGCCGAGGUCAGAUGCCCACUGGUGUCAGGCUGUCUACUGAAACCCAGAGAGGGGCAGGGACUUGCCCAAGGUCAUAGGCCUGGGCAUGGCACCUUCAGCAAAGUGAAUGGGGCCUCCACCCAGUGCUGGCCCAGCCAGAAAAUGGGGUCAUACUCUUCGCCCACCCCUCAAGAGUGGAGAGUGUCACCUGGACACGUAGGCCUGGCCAGGCCUCUGCUAGGGGCCCCUGCAGAGGGCAGGGCUUGCAUAGUGUCAGCUGGUGUGAACUGAGCACUUACGGCCUGCUGGGCGCUGCACGGAGUGCUGGCUGGGCAGCGCCUGCUUCAAUCUCCACACUGACCCAGUGGGGCAGGGGCCCUUCCUCUCCUGAUUUUACAGGUGAAGAAAGAGGCUCAGACAGGGGGCCCUUGCCCAGGGGCACCUGGAAAGCCCAGUCCCUGGGAUUGGAGGCUGGAUUGCUCACCCACCCUCCACGUCUGAACCACAGCCGCUGCCGGGACACAGACAGAGCGUCCUCCUCCCCAUCCGUUGGGCGCCUCUAGUGACAAGCCCUCCACCUCCCCACUCCAGAGCAGCCACUGUGCUUGGGGCAGAACUGGGUGUCUCUUGCACCCCAGCAGUCGCCGCCGCCUCCACAGCCUUGGCGCUCAGUGCUUGUCUCCCUGCUUUGUAAGGGAGUGCCUCCACCUGGUGCGCAGUGACUAGGCAGACAUGGGAUCAGGUCCUGACCCUGCCACCCGGUGGCCGUGGGCAAAUAAGUUAACCUCUACGGGCCUCUGUUUCCUCACUGGUGAAAUGGGGGCAGUCAUGGUAUUCAUCUCAUGGGGCUGUUGGGAAGGUUUGCCUGGGCCUGUCCCAGGUGAAGGCUGAGGAUGCUGUUCCUGGGGCACUGGCUGCUGGAGCCCUGUCUCUUAUUUUUAAUCAGUGAAAUUGACCUGUCCAUGAAGAGGCGGAUAUAAACAAAUAAGACAGCUCCUACCCCAUCUGGGAGGACUUCAACUCCAAGGCCACAAAGCUGCAUUCCCAGCUGAGGACCACCGUGCUGGCUGCUGUGGCCUUCUUGGAUGCCUUCCAGAAAGUGGCUGACAUGGCUACCAACACCCGAGGGGCCACAAGGGACAUCGGCUCUGCGCUCACGCGCAUGUGCAUGCGCCACCGCAGCAUCGAGACCAAGCUGCGGCAGUUCACCAACGCGCUGCUGGAGAGCCUCAUCAACCCGCUGCAGGAGCGCAUCGAGGACUGGAAGAAGGCGGCCAACCAGCUGGACAAGGACCACGCGAAAGAGUACAAACGAGCCCGGCAUGAGAUCAAAAAGAAGUCGUCGGACACGCUCAAGCUGCAAAAGAAGGCGCGCAAAGAGCUACUUGGUAAGUCAAAUGUCGGUCCCUCCAGCUGCUCCUCCCGUCCCUGUUGCAUUUGUCUGUCUCCCCCAGCUCAGGGCCAUUGGAAGGAACCUCUCCAGGCCAAGGAGAAGCGAGGAAGGCGGUCGGUCCACAAGGGAGGGGCCUGGGGCACAGUCCCCCUGGGACCCCUGGGGGCCCUGGCCAGGGAUGAGUCCAGGGCCACUGCUGGGGAAAGGAGACCUGCAGCCCCAGCUGGACAGUGCCCUGCAGGACGUCAACGACAUGUACCUGCUGCUGGAGGAGACGGAGAAGCAGGCCGUGCGCCGGGCGCUGAUUGAGGAGCGGGGCCGCUUCUGCACCUUCAUCACCUUCCUGCAGCCUGUGGUGAACGGAGAGCUGACCAUGCUGGGAGAGAUCACCCACCUGCAGGGCAUCAUCGACGACUUGGUGGUGCUGACGGCGGAACCCCACAAACUGCCUCCCGCCAGCGAGCAGGUAAUCAAAGACCUAAAGGGCUCGGACUACAGCUGGUCCUACCAGACCCCACCCUCAUCACCCAGCAGCUCCAGCUCCCGGAAGUCCAGCAUGUGCAGUGCCCCCAGCAGCAGUAGCAGUGCCAAGGGUGGCGGAGCCCCAUGGCCUGGGGGUGCCCAAACAUACUCACCCAGUUCCACCUGUCGCUACCGCAGCCUGGCGCAGCCAGUCACCACCACCACUCGCCUCUCCAGCGUUUCCUCCCAUGACUCUGGCUUCGUCUCCCAGGAUGCCACCUACUCCAAGCCCCCCUCGCCUAUGCCUUCAGACAUCACCAGCCAGAAGUCCUCCAGCUCUGCAUCCUCUGAGGCCUCGGAAACCUGCCAGUCCGUUAGCGAGUGCAGCUCCCCCACCUCGGACUGGUCCAAGGUUGGCUCCCACGAGCAGCCCUCAGGCGCCACUCUGCAACGGAGGAAGGACCGAGUGGAGCUCCUGAGAGACACAGAGCCAGGCCCUGCCAGUGGGGGCACCCUGGGCCCCAGCGGGGAAGAGGCACCACGACCCCGGAUGUCCCCUGCCACCAUCGCGGCCAAGCACAGCGAGGAGGUGUCCCCCGCAGCCAGUGACCUGGCCAUGGUGCUGACGCGCGGCCUGAGCCUGGAGCACCAGAAGAGCAGCCGGGACUCGCUGCAGUACUCCAGCGGCUACAGCACGCAGACCACCACGCCCUCCUGCUCUGAGGACACCAUCCCCUCCCAAGGCUCUGACUACGACUGCUACUCUGUGAAUGGGGAUGCAGACAGCGAGGGCCCGCCUGAGUUUGACAAGUCAUCCACCAUCCCGCGCAACAGCAACAUCGCCCAGAACUACCGCCGCCUGAUCCAGACCAAGCGCCCAGCCUCCACUGCUGGGCUGCCCACCGCGGGGCUGCCCACGGCCACUGGCCUGCCCUCGGGCGCACCCCCUGGCGUGGCCACCAUCCGCCGCACGCCCUCCACCAAGCCUACCGUGCGCCGCGCCCUGUCCAGCGCUGGCCCCAUCCCCAUCCGGCCACCCAUCGUCCCUGUGAAGACGCCCACGGUGCCUGACUCACCCGGCUACAUGGGGCCCACACGGGCGGGCAGCGAGGAGUGCGUCUUCUACACCGACGAGACCGCCUCACCCCUGGCACCGGACCUUGCCAAGGCCUCCCCAAAGAGGCUCAGCCUGCCCAACACAGCCUGGGGCAGCCCAUCCCCAGAGGCAGCCGGGUACCCCGGGGCAGGUGCCGAGGACGAGCAGCAGCAGCUGGCGGCCAACCGGCACAGUCUGGUGGAGAAGCUGGGGGAGCUGGUGGCGGGUGCCCACGCACUGGGCGAGGGCCAGUUCCCCUUCCCCACUGCUCUGUCGGCCACCCCCACGGAGGAGACACCCACCCCGCCCCCAGCCGCCACCAGCGACCCCCCGGCCGAAGACAUGCUGGUGGCCAUCCGGCGUGGGGUCCGGCUCCGCAGGACCGUCACCAACGACAGGUCGGCGCCCCGCAUCUUAUGAUGGCGCCACCCUCCCCAUCCUCUCAGGCCCCAGUGCGAGCAGGUGGCCUGGUCUGUGAGCCGCAGGCACUCAAAGCAAAGGCCCAGCCAGGAGAGAGGACAGAACCAGGGCAGAGGCCAUGCCACUUUACAGAAAGAGACACCUCACUUGGAUUCCAGCAUUUAAACGGGAAGUGACUUCUUAGCAAGCCUGGCCGGGACGGAGCCUGCAGGCCUGGGCCUGGUUCGGGGUCUGUUUUAUGCUCUUCCGUCCCUCCUCUUCCUCCUCUCGGGCCCUGCCUCUUCCAUACCCGUGAGCACCAGGGCCAGGGCCCCGCCCACAGCAGAGGGGCCGGGCUGGCCUCCCUCUCACCAUCCCGGCCUCUCCCAGGGCUGGUCCUGCCUCAGCUCCUCCUGGAAUGCUGGCCCCCUCUCCCCUGCCUGAGCCCCCCUCCUCCCCUCUUGCCUUCUCUCUGCCUCUCCCAGGCCUCUCUCUCCGGGAAGCAGAGCGGCUGUGGAGGGCGGGUGCGCGCUGGGCUGGAUGUCUGCUGGGGGCUGGGGGCCAGGGCAGCAGGUUGGAGUUGGGCAGCCAGGCCCUCCCGUGUGGGAAGGGAGUUCCAGGGCCCACGCCGAGUCUCAGGGAGGAAACCAGGGGCUGCCUGGGGAGUCCCGGGGGCCCUGUGGUGGCUCCCACCCCUCGCCUCCCCGACCCCAUGAGGCUGGCUGGGGGGGGGCCAGGGCAGUUCCUUGGAAACUAGGGCAGCAGGGUUAGGAGGCCGGAGGCCCUAGGGUCACCGGCCAGCCACACAGGCACCGUUUUCAGAUGUUCACUUCUCAUUGGGUACAUCAAUCCUUUAACUUUGGGGUCACAGUUUCAGCCACCUUUGGAAGGAGGGGACUGGAGCAGUAGGAGGUGUGGGGUCAUUUUAUGAAUAUAAUAAAAUGGAGCUGGCUGUGGACGAGGGCUGUGUGUGGGGGUGAGGGGACGAUACAGGGUGGGUGUCUGGGAACACCUGGGGGACAGCCCCCCCCCGUGGCCUGGUGGUCCUAUGGCAGGAGGAGAAGGGGGGGACUUGGCUCCCCCAGAGCCCUGGGAAAGCUACUGUUCUCUCUGGCGUCUUGAGCGUAGCCAAAAUAGGGUUGGGAGGCUCCCGGCCUGUCUGCUGUGGUCUGAGCCAGCUGCAAGCUCAGGUAGGGGAGCGAGUCUGGGAAGAUUGGCUUUGACUCUCUGUUGCCAGAGGAGAUGCCAUCCCAGGACGGCCCCCACUGUAGUCCAGGCUUGCGCUGGCAGCGGGGGCAGGGGGAGGGGCAAAGCUGCCCCCACCCCACGCACCAAGUCACGCCAAGUCUCAGCAGGUAAAAGCACGUGAGCCUAAGGCAAGCGGAGGAAGUCCUGGUGGCCCCGCAGGUCAGGAGGGAAAGCAGGGCUCGGAGGGCAUCGUGGCCCCAGGGCAGGGUCCUACCUGGGGGUCAGGAGCACCUUGGUCUUGAUGGAGUGGAGCUGGGUCUGAGCCUCCCAGGCUUGAGCUCCUGGAAGUUCUUGUGCGGUGAGUUGGGACCCCGGCAGGGCAGCUCCUGGGUAAGUCUGGGCACCAAGCAGGCCCUGAUGUGCACGGAGUCUCAUCAGAGAGCGCUGAUGGAGAAUGGUCCCUGUAAGUCACCAGGUCCAACAACUGCCUGGCCGAGCACUCAACCCGUGGAGGUCAGGCCAACAUCAGGGCCCCUGUUUUAGGGGCCAGGAGAGCAGGUGACCAGUGUGGGGAGUCUUGGGUGGAAUUUCUGCCGCACAUUCUCCCCAGGGCUGCAGGGGUCUGCUGAGGCAGGGCGGUGGAGCAGGAUUCAGGAUGUGGUGGGAAUAGUGUGAGGGGCAGUGGGUGGGCAGGCCUGGGCUUCAGAGGUCCUGAUGGGAAAGGAGGCAGGGGCUUCCCAGAGAGGGGGGCUCGUGUGGCACAGCCCCCACCAACUCCGCCGUGCCCCUCCCCUGCAAGCCCCGGGGGCUGUACAUACUCUACCCCAUCCCCUCGUCCAUCCUGAGACCACCCCUGCCGCCCUUGCAUCGACGUAGCGACCACCUCGUAGGCCCACCCACCUCGGGAUCCGAGCCAACCAUCCCACAUCACAAACUUUGGUUUGGGGGACUUUACGUUUGUUUAAUUUCUCAUUUUGUACAGAGAAAUAUUCUUUUCAAAAGCGUCUUUUGACUGAAGUAACUUUCCUGGUGCUGUUGUUAACUCGUUCCUUUUCUUAAUUUAUUCCCCCACCCCAGGCAGCCCUCCUGGUUCCUACUCACCCUUCCCCCCCUCCCCUACCCUCCAUCCCAUACGAACCAUUUUGUUUCUUUUCUUUCUGUCAGAUUUUGGAAAAAUUCUCCUCUCCUCCCUGCCCCCUCCACACCAUCCUCCCCCUGAUUUAAAUAGUCACUGCUACAAGUAACAGAUGCACUGUGAAGAUUCCAGUAUUAAUAAAGGUGUACUGUAAUUAACA